AUGGUGGAAGUGAUGACCUUUUCCUGUGUUAGGACUAGUGUUGUAUUUAUUACACUCUUAAAUAUUCUACAUAUUCCAUACUCUUCUGCGGACAAAGAAGUAACAAGGCAUGUGAAAAUAUAUGAUGUACAAUACAAUGACCCUUAUGUGCUGGAGGAAUCUAAGGUUUCAGUCCCCUCGUUCUUCAAAGCUCGGUUUCAUGUUAACCAUGGUGUACAUGAACUAGGUCUGACGAGAAAUUCUGGGAUCCGCCCCGAAUCCGCGGACUGUAUUCUUCAGUCAGGGAAAUGCAAACCCAUCAAGAAACAGAUUGUGUCCUUCUAUCAAGAUUUGAACAACGGAGCCGCUUUUCAAAUCACGUGUUUGGACGAAAUCUGUAGAAAAUUUUCUCUGCGCGGGACGUUCAUAUCUAAAAACUCAAUGUACUUCAUGGAGCCUGUGAAGAACUCACAUAAAUACAAAAUAAAGAAACUGUCUGGAGCUAACCAUCUGAAGACGGACUAUUACGAACCAGAUGAUGUAAAGUUUGUUCCCAGACGAGGUAGACAUAAACGUGCAACAGGUGCUUUCGAAGUAGAACUGCUGCUGGUCACAGAUUCCUCCGUGUUCGAAUACUGGAGAAGUUUUCUUGGUUCUACCGCCAGUGAUGCUGAAGUAGAGAAUUUUAUCAGGACAGUCUCGGCAUUUACUGUAAACGGGAUGGAUGUCCGGUAUCGGAGCAUCAACACAGAAUCGUACCAAAUCAGGAUUGUUUAUGUAGGAGUCUACAUAGCAAAAAGUUCGUCAGACUCACCGUGGUCAAGUACCCUCCAGGCCAAUGGUAGACUGGACGCUGACCAGGUUCUUCAAGCUUUCUCGCAGUGGAUUACCACAAAUAGGGAUAAGCUGCCAAAACAUGACCACGCUAUGGCCUUCACACAGUACGACAUUAUAAAAGGCAUGGGUACCCUCGAUAACGACAUAGCAGGUUAUGCCUUCCAAGGACAAAUAUGUCAAGAUAAAAGUCAGUCCGUUGUAGAGGAAAACUUGAACUUCAUAUUGCAUACAGUGGCUGCACAUGAAUUGGGACACAGUCUAGGGGCUAGGCAUGAUGGGUUUGAGAACACUUGUAACAGACAAAGCUAUUUCAUUAUGGAAGCCACCAGCUCAGCAGUGGAUGGGUCUAAGGCUAGACACCCCUGGCUGUUUUCUAGCUGUUCAAAGAAAGAAAUGGGAAACCUUCUAAGCAGUAUAGACUUGACCGCCAGUAAUUGUUUGAAGAGAACUGACCAUACGGGAACGAUUCCUAACCUUGCAGAUUUCAUCAACAGACAGAUAGGACAGGAGAUUUCAAUUGAUCGUCAGUGUAGACACGCCAUGGGGAAUUCACAAUCAUACGCUUGCUUAGACAAUUUUAAUGGCGAUUUUACUACAGUCUGCACCGGACUUUGGUGUUUUAACCCCAACACUGGUAAUUCUUGUGAUUUGGUGGUUCCAUUAGAUUAUACUACCUGUGGCUCAGGUAAAUGGUGUAUUGAAGGAGAAUGCAAAGCGGACAACACAGCUCCAACAGAACCUGAGAAUUGUUUAUAUGGCAAUUAUUUUGGUGCAAACUGUACAGGGAUCACAUCCAACCCCGCCGUCUGCUACGUUGGAUAUGCAGUAAGGUGCUGCAAAAGUUGCAAUGACGUCAGUACCGGUGACCCUGGAUGUGAAUAUGGUGAUAGACAACAAGCAUGCACAAGUAUAACCAGCGGAGCACCAUGUUACUCCAGCAACACAGAGGUUCAGUGUUGCGCAACAUGUGCAGCAUACAAAACACAAAUCCAAUCUUGUAAAUAUGGGGACCAGAGAAACUGCUCUGCCCUGACCUUCCCAGGGGACUGCUAUGGUUCACUUUCUGACGGAAGUGCAGCGCGGAAUGUUUGCUGUCAGACCUGUCAUGGCUAUGAAACAGGAAUUCAGGACUGUCUGUAUGGGGACAGAGUGUUAGACUGCCGGGCUAAUGAGUGUGCCACGUAUGCCACCGCCGGGAUCCUUAAGGACUGUUGCGAAACUUGUAAAUUCUACGUAGUUUCCACACCAGCGCCAGCAAAGAAUAGCACUGCACUGCCAACUUGGGUGAUACCAGUAGCAGCAGGUGGUGGUGGCGGUUUGUUGCUUAUCAUCAUAAUUACUGUUGCAUGUUGUUGUUGCCGCAAAAGUCAAAGUGAAAAAGCUGCUUUAAAAUACCAACCACAAAUGCAAAAGAGUAGUGUUCCAAGGCAGCAAAACAAACUUCAGCAACCAGAUCCCCGCUAUAAAAGUGAAAUACGACAACCACAAAGAACAGAAUAUAUGGGUCCAAUCAGACCAGGAGGUGAUAUCUCGCAUGCAUAUGAGCGCCCCCUCCCUUCUGUUCAACAGCAGAUGACAGGACCAAAUCGACAGAUGUCUACCAAGUCCCAUAUUUAUAUGGAAUUAGAGCCAGACCCCAAUGUCAGUGUUAACUCUGGAUAUGUUGUCUCAAGAGCCAUGGCAUGCAAAUACAUCACCACAAGCCAUGAGAUUUGUGUCCAUUCUAAUUCCACAAAUAGAAAUGGAAAUGGAAUAGACACUAAACCUGUGGCUUGCGAUGAUGAUGUUAUAGCUAUAGUCACUAAUUUUGAUAAAUUAAUUAAAUAUGCCUCCCUUAAAAUUCCUACAGUAACCAACAGUAUACCAAUGCUGGAUAUGCGUCUUCAAAAUAGCAUUUCCUCCAAAGAAUACUGGAAUGAGAUGGCUUCUGGUGAAACCAUGGCAGAGUCCUCAAAAGAAUCACCAGAAGUAGCAACUGUAAAACACCUAGAAGUUGUAGAUUCUGGAGAUGAUCCCCUCAGUAGGGAAACCGUGUCAACCCCUCCCCAAGAAAUAAGCAGCCCACCCACUUCCACUGUUCCUGAUUUUGUUGCCAUGUAUUUGGGCAGUGCAGUUUUAGAUCGGCGAUAUCCACCCCAAUUUGUGAUGCCUUGGGUCAUGGCAGAGGUCAAACGUCGUAAGUCCGCCUUCCAGGAAGUGAACCUUAAGGUCAAGGAGCAUGUGCUGCAUGCCAGAAAGUUUAACAGUGAAGCUGUACUAUUUGAGCACAAACUCACUUGUAUGACUCGAUUUGCUAAAACACAUCAGGAUCCACGAUGUUUUGCAUACCUGAGUAGACAGAAUUUAUACUGUGAUUAUGAGUGCCAUGUUUUUCUUGCUCAUGAUGAAGGAAUGGUCCCUGAGUUAUUCAGCUCAAUUCAGGAAGCUACAAGGAGAGACCUUUUCGUUGAUAUGGGCGAAAACAAAAUGAAUGAGCCAGCUAAAGCUUUCUAUGAAGUCCUAUACCUAGGAAAGGCCAAACUAAACACCAAAAAGAUUAACUGUGAUCAGGUAGACAGAAUGUGCAAUCGUUUAGAAAAACAGAAACAGGAUCGAAAACAGAAGCAAAGAGAGACAGAGAUAGAGAGGAAGCGACAUGGGAGUGGGGUCAGUGUCAAAAGUCUGCCCUCCAAUCUAGAGACUGCAGUGACUGUCACGGAAAAUGAGCUCGAAAAACAGAUCCUAAGCUCAGGUCCACACAUAGAAAGUCCAAGUAACAGUACGGAUGAGUUCAGUUCAACGGAGAAUGUACUGGAGAAUUCCUCUGGGAGUCUAGCUAACUCCUUCGGUCUGUACUAUUCAGACAAUUCCAAAGAGGACCUGAGUGAGUGUUCGAACACAGCAGGGAAUGGGGAGGGAAACACUAAAGACCAGCGUGUACAAUUCACUGAACCUCUUGACAGUGCUAGUGAAAGUUCUAGUGAUCCCAAUAGGGCUAUGCUUUUCAGACUGGGCGGUAGUGAAAUUUCACUGAUCAGUUUGGAUAAAAAACAUACUAUCCUUGAAAAACAGUUUAAAGACAUCGCAUCUGUAUCACAGGGCAAAGAAAAAUCUGACACUUUUGGAUUCAUUGCCAGAGAGAAAGGAAAUGUAUUUGUGUGUUACCUGAUGAAAUGUCACAGUUUCAGUAUUGUAGAUGAGAUAAUGAUGGUUCUGAGAUCGGCUUUCCGGAGCGCUUAUGAGCAACGGCAGCAGAUUUGUAUCAUGUGUCCCCUGCAUCAACUCCAUCGCCUCUGUCAGGAAAUCAAUGGUUUGGAUCCUCAGGAAGCCCACAAACGUUUGAUGGAAUGUGUAAAUAAUCUUCAAGAAAAAGACGCUACCCCUAUUCACACAGUUCUCAAGGCUGAGAAUCCUCAGAGUUAUGAAGAAAUGGUUGAGGUGCUGAUGAUAGAACUGAGAAAACUCUGUGAAGCUAAACAACAGGACCAUUCCCACAUCUCCGAUCCGAACAAGCCACACUUCAAACAAGAGUUUAGCCUGUUUGAGAAUCGCCGCUCAAGUGUGGGAGCUGCUGCCUUGAAUUUUAAGAAGAGUUUAACCAGCUCUUUUGAAAAUUUCAUGGCCAAAGUACCACACAAAAAACCAAAUGAAACGAUAGAGCGCUUUAGACAUCGCAGUGGCACUGCUGAAAGUGGACAGAGAAAGCCAAAUGAAGCAAGAGACAGAUUUCGUCACCGGAGUGGAACUACUGAGAGUGAAAGUAGCUUCUCAAAGUCUAUGGAUUCUUCAGUAUGCUCUACUCCAGAGGCCUCCCCUAUGCCCUCCCCAGCAGCUGUGAAGGAGGUCCACUUCAGCUUUCCCAGUCCUCCAUCAUCUCCAAAAUCUCGUCCCCGGAGUUCCACUGAGGGGGCAGUUCCAGAUCCUGAUCGGGUGUCCAAGUUCAUGAACACAAAAAAUUUAGACAGGACUUCAGAUUUCAGGGAACAAUCUGGUCGCAGGGCUAGCAUGAAUAGUCCCAUGAAACAGAUGUUUCUGCUGACAGAAGGUGGGGGAUCACCUGGCAGUCUGUCCAAACGUCGACAGAGUGCAUCACCAUGUCUUCAAGCAGGAAAUGGGGAAACCCCGAGAUCUGGCAGGCGAGGGUCCUGGAGACAGACAAUAUUCAACAGAGUUGUUACUCCUGUGAGAGCUGCUGACAAGCCCCCAACUGUGUUAGAAAAGUCAGAGACUGAGAGUCCAAAAUCUGGCAAAGCAAGAAGUCCAGAAGAACUGAGGGCUCUGUGGAAGAAAGCUAUUCAGCAAACAGUGUUACUUCUAAAGAUUGAGAAAGAAAAACAGGACAUCAAAACUCGUCAGCAGGAGGAAGAAAUAUCACCAAUUUUGAAUUAUGAGGAGAUAACUCCAUGCCUAAGGGAGGUAACCAAAGUGUGGGAGGACAUGAUUAAUAAUACCAACAGGCCUCAUAUUCAGUUUGAUCAUCAAACCCUGCUUAGCUGUGUUCAACAAGGCAAGUUUUGUUCAUAGCACAGUUCUGAAGAAUGUAGAUUUGCUGUUACUUACCUCUGUACAUACAGGUAUUUUGAUAAAAAUUGCCCAAGCUUUUAGUAUAAUUCACCUGUUUUUAUGAUAUAAAUUUUUUUUUUCAUAAAAAUUUCAUUAUGAAAAUCAGGUGUUCCCAAGACUCAUCGAGGUGACAUCUGGUGGCUGCUAACUGAGCAACACAAGCUGCAUUUUCCAGAGAUAGAGAACCAGACCCCCCAGAAGUCCUACACUGAGCUGCUUAAGGACCUGACAGAAUACAUGCACAACAUACUGAUAGACUUAGGUCGUACAUUCCCGGGUCACCCAUACUUCUCCACACAGCUGGGUCCUGGGCAGUUGGCCCUGUAUAAUCUACUGAAGGCCUACAGCCUCCUGGAUAAGGAAGUCGGAUAUUGUCAAGGACUUAGCUUUAUAGCUGGGAUAUUACUUAUGCAUAUGGAGGAGGAGCAUGCUUUUGAGACACUGAGACACAUGAUGUUUAACCUUGGCCUCAGGAGACAAUUUCAGCCCAACAUGAUGCCAUUACAGGUGCAGCUUUACCAGUUGACAAGAUUAAUCUUUGACAACUACAAGGAUCUACAUGACCAUUUCGAGGAACAUGAGAUAGCUCCUAAUCUCUAUGCUGCUCCCUGGUUCCUAACAUUGUUUGCCUCUCAGUUUCCUUUAGGCUUUGUUGCUAGGGUCUUUGAUCUCCUGCUGGUUCAGGGGGUGGAGAUUCUGCUGAAGGUGGCGCUAGUGUUGCUAGGUAACCACAAGGAGCUGAUUCUGCAGUGUGAUUCAUUUGAAUCAAUAGUGGAAUUCAUCAAAACAACUCUUCCUGAAAUGGGAGUCAUUCAGAUGGAAAGAGUGAUUAAUCAGGUAUUUGAGUUGGAUAUUAGUAAACAGCUCCAGGCAUAUGAGGUGGAGUAUCAUGUCCUUCGUGAAGAGAUGCUCUUCUCUCCUCAGAGAGGAGAAACGGACUUAAAUCAUAAACUUGAAGAUGCUAAUCGGAAUCUGAAACAACAGAACAUGGAACUGUUGGAGAAAAUCCAGCAUAUUCACAGUCACCACAGGAGUCUGGAAAUAACCAUUCACAACUUACAAACAAACGAGUCAAAGCUAAAAAGUCACAUAAAGACAUUGGAGCUUGAGAGAAAAGCUCUGCUGAAUGCCGUGACCAAGUUACGGUCAUUAAUUCCAGAUGACGAAUACUUAAAGCUGGACAUUUCACUCCCUCCUCUUUCUCCUAGUCUCUCAUCCUCACCAAUCCAUCAGCCCAACUCGUCGACUAAUUCCAUCCGAGGUGCUAUAAAGAAGGUGGUGGGGAAGAGCCUUAGUUCUCCCCUCUCAGAACUUGGUUCCAAACAGUUCCAGUUUGAGUGAUGAUAAUGUCUGUGAUUGCCUAUAUUUAUUUGAUCAUAGGUUGAAAACCCCAGACUUAAAUAUUAUACUUAGAAAUAGAAUUUUGUUAAAGAUUUCUUUGGUACAUAUAUUUACAGUAAAUGCUGUAAGCAUCCUUUGUUAUGAAUUAGAUAUAAAGAAGGAAAACUUCAAUACAACAAUUUUUGAAAAUCCAGCUUUGUAGUAGAAAAUUAGGUCUAGGGUAUGAAGGUUAUUGCCUUUUAAAUUGUACAUGACUGCUUUUAGAGUUUAAAAUACUCAAUUGAAGUUUAAGGUUCCACAAAAGAGAGAAUAAUACUCUGUAGUUUUGACUGUAUGUCACAACAAAGUAUGAUCUCUGUAGCAAAGCAAUGCAAGUACCCCAUUUACAAUACACUAAUGUGUAAUAUACUAGUAUAUCUUUGUAUUUCACAUAAUUAUUAUAGAAGGAAAUUGUCAUAAUUAUAGUACAGUUUUACAUCAAAUACCAAAGUACACAUGGGAUGUAAUUGUUGUGUAGCUAUAAGCUAUCACAGAUAAUGUUGUUUAGAAAAUACUGCGAAGGAAUGCAGUAUAUUACAUAUUGCCAUCAAGAACAUGAAGUCUCAUUUUCUUUUCUGCUUUUAAUAUGAUAAUUUUCUUCAAUACAUUUAAAGAGAAUUUAUCGCAUGUUUCAGGGAUUUUAAAUAGCUAACCAGAAUGAAUUUCAUAUUGGUGCCCCAUUAAAAGGUGUUACUAAGUAACAGCUAUAUGUACAUUCCACAAGAACCAGCUCUUUAAAGAUUUUGCCAAAAUUAAACAAGCACCAUUUAAGGAAGAGGAAGAUAGUCAUCUGCCUUCAUCAACAUCCUUUAAUAUAUUUUUCUCUAGUUCUCAAAAGAAAUGGUUCUUAAAACUGGUAAAGGGUUUGAUAUUGUUAGUCAGAUUAUUGCACAGUAAUUUUUGUGUACAUAUUUGUGUUGUAUUGAACCUCAUACAUUUGCCAUUCUUUUUAGUUGUUAUUUUGAGAUAGAAAGAUAUAAAAAGGUUGUAUUGUAGAAUAUGAAAGAAUCUCACUAAUUUUUUUCCAUCCACAAAGCAGAAUCCUCAGCUAUGGUACAAGUUUAACCUUGCAGUCUCAUGAAACUUGCUUUUUAUUUUCCCUAAAGCAUUGAUCUUGCUUAUAAUAAUGCAAGGUGAGAUUGAUUUUAAAUUCAGUAUUUUUUUCUUUGCACAGCAUUUAUUGAUUAUAUAAAUCAGUAUUCUAAAAAUUUUGCUGAGUAAGUGCAAUACACCUGAUCCAAUUUUAUUGCUCAGCCCAGAAAUGAUACAAACAGGUAUUCAGAUUGUUCAGUGUAAGGUGUCCAUGUUUGCUGCUAGGUUAGUGAGAGCUCCUCACACAAAAUGUGUUGUUUUAUAUGGUGUGUUCCCCGAACGGCUACUCGCCAAAAACAACAAAUAAUUAUCACACUCAAUUAAGGGGCCCUCUAAGGGGUACUGGUAGAUUUACUUGUGUUUACCCGGAUAAACAAUAUUUGAUAAAUCAAAUAAAAAUAUUAAAUUUAAUUUUUUUUCCAUUAAAAAAAUAUUAUAAAAAAAUUUCAAAAUAUUAUCAAUACAUAUUUUAUACAUUGCUUUGUAUAAAUGCACUUUUCAUAUUAUUGUACCUUUAAUAACA